AUGGAAUCCUGGCCUACGCUGGGCUGGCUCCUCUUCCUUAGCUUAAUUGCUGACUGUCUGAAGGGAACGCGAGGGCGAGACUUUACAGUGAAAGAUAUUGUGUACCUUCAUCCUUCAACAACUCCAUACCCUGGUGGAUUCAAAUGUUUUACCUGUGAACAAGCAGUAGAUAACUACGAAUGCAACCAGUGGGCUCCAGAUGUAUACUGUCCCAGAGCCACAAGAUACUGCUAUUCUCAACAUACCCUGGAAGCCAAUGGAAAGAGUGUAUCAGUCACCAAGCGAUGCGUGCCACUGGAGGAUUGUUUGACUACAGGAUGCAUCGCUCUCCAGCAUAAAGGACUCAAGGUAUGCACUUCUUGCUGUGAAGGAAACAUCUGCAACUUAACAUUACCUAGGAAUUCUAGUGAUGCUAUAUUUUCAACAACAACGCCUAUCAAUCAUACACAGAGACAUUGGCAAGAUGCAUCCAUAAUAAUGAUGGGUCUCCUGUCACUCUUUGCUACGUAGACCUUUUCGGAUAAAUUAAACAUCAAGGAAAUCAGUGGGUUGAAAAUAUUUAUGCACACAAUAUGACCUUAAUUUAAUAUAUGCUUUUCA